GAGCGGGCUGUGGUGAGGAAGUUUGAUCGACGGCUGGUUCUUUUUGUUGCGCUGCUGUAUCUCUUGAGCUUCCUAGACCGGUCGAACAUUGGCAACGCAUUUGUGGCAGGGAUGAACGAGGACCUUCUCCAAAGCACCGACCCUAUGCAGGCCUCCUCCUCUGCUCCCUCUGCUUCUUCCUUCUCCUACUAUGAACAAGCCCUGACAGCCUUUUACGUGGCCUACAUUGGCUUCGAGUGGCUAUCCCUCCUCUGGGGCCGUGUCCCAGCCCACGCAUACGUGUCGGCGGUGGUGCUGUCGUGGGGGCUGGUGGCGUCGUUGCAGGCGGUGGUGUCAUCCUAUACGUGGCUGACUGGGCUACGGUUCCUUCUGGGCAUCGGGGAGGCUGGGUUCACGGGGAUCCCCAUCUACCUGAGUUUCUUCUUCAGGAGGGAGGAGCUGGCGCUUCGGACGGCAGUCUUUAUCUCUGCUGCACCGCUGGCCACGACAUUCGCCUCGUCCCUGGCCUGGCUGAUCCUUAAACUCGGCGAGAACGGGCCCAUCGCUCCGUGGAGGCUACUCUUCCUCCUCGAGGGAUUCCCAGCUGUCGUGGUGGCUACGCUGGCAUGGAGGAUCAUCCCAGACUCGCCCGAGCAAGCCUCGUACCUCACGAGGAGGGAGAAGCUCAUCGCACGUCAGCACGCAAUGACACGAUGCUGCCAAGCCCUCUUCACCACCCUCCUCGACCCUGUUCCCUGGGCCACAGCAGCCAUCCUCUUCCUCACCAACGUAGCCUACGCCUCCCUCCCCGUCUUCCUGCCCAGCAUCCUCACCCAGAUGGGCCACACCCCGCUCGCGGCCCAGGCCCUCGCCGCCCCGCCGCACCUCGUCUCGUUCCUGGCCGUGCUGGCAGCCGCCGCCAUCUCGGAUGCUCUCCGCAGCCGUGCGUACCUCAUCGCCGUCGCUGCUCUGAUCUCUGCCCUAGGCUAUGGAUUUCUGGCCGCGGCUCGCUGGCUCGGCGGCGGCGGCGGUGCUGGUGCUGCUGGAGACGGAGGAGAUAUGCUGAACAUGGCUCGGUACCUGGCCAUCUACCCUGCCGGGGCGGGCCUCUUCUGCGUCGUCGUGCUCACCAUCGCGUGGAACGUCAACAACGGCGGCAAGGGCCAUGGAAAGGGGGCGGGGUUUGCGCUGAUGCAGGCCGUCGGGCAGUGUGGCCCGCUCGUGGGCACGAGGCUGUACCCUGCGGCGGACGCGCCUUGGUUCGAGAGGGGGAUGGGCAUUUGUGCGGGGUGUAUGGUCGGGGUGGCGGUGUCGGCCGUGGGGUUGCGCUGGUAUCUUGCGAGGGCGAACAGGCGGUUGGAUAAGAGGGAAGAGGAGGAGGAGGACGGUGAUGAAGGGGAGGCAGAGGGUUUGGUGGGUGGGAAUAG